GUCGGCCUCUUUACACCUCUCCUGAAUUUUUCAUUUUCAAUCUACCUCCUAGCAAUUCAUUAAAAUUUCCCCUAACCAGUUGACUUUGGAAAUUCAAAUUAAACGUUACGAAAAGUGGAUAAUUAUUUAUCUUGAGUAAUUUCACGACUCGUGUUACCAAUUCAAUAAAAUCAAAGAUGUUUAUUACAAGUACACAUAUUGUCCAUCAUUAUUAUAAUUUUUCGGGCACUGAAACCGAAGAAAUAUGCAAUAAGAUAGCAUAUUUACAAAGUUGGGAACGUGAGAUGAAUAUACAAACUUUGGAAAAUUGGCAGUAUUAUCAAAAUUGCCAAAAUGGUUAUAAUUAUCAACCUGAGACAGUGGUGAUCACAGAAUAUAAUGAAUACGAUGGAAGUCAAACCUACUACAACAGCCAGUAUGCUACUCAUAAUCAUUAUCAGCAUACCGAAGUAAAUAACGACAACAAUGAAAUCAAUUCUGGUAACACUAACGGUAACGAAAUGGGUAACGGUAACGAAAAUACUGAAUUAAAUGAAUGUAACGUGUGUAGUGAAAGUAACGAAUUUUGUCACUGUAACAAUAGCAACGAACCAACUAACAAUUGUAACGUACCAUGUGAAAAUAGUAACAAUCCGACUAACAAUAGCAAUCAACCAAUUGACAAUAGCAACGAACCAAUUAACAAUGGCAACGAACCAAUAAUUGAUAACAACAACGAAUUGAAUAAUGUGAACAACGACCCGGGUAACAAUGAACCAAAUAACGGUAACAAUAACGAAUUACCCAAUAAUAACAUUGAACACGAAAAUUCAAAUGAUUUUAAUGAAACAGUUGAUUCAAUAACGGUCGAUUCAAUGCCAGUGCGUGGUUUUUAUUUAACAAAAACAAAAGGUAAAUGGAUUGAAAUUUUUCACAUUCCGUACAAUCCGAAAAAUGAGAAAUUCCUCCGAUUGGGUGGUUACACAUGUAAACGGCAAGUGUAUUCCGAAAUAUUUUUUACAAUUGUAUCAUGGCAACGUUUAUAUUCAGAGAGAUAUGAAAUUUUGAAACUCCUCGAGGAAAAUAAUGAACGUACACCGUAUAAAUAUUUUUUAAAUCGUAAAUUUUCCGUUGAAUUAUGCUAUUUUACUGAGAGUGGCGAUAAAUUGUUGUGCUUCAUUCAAAAUCAGGAUAAAUUUUACAUGAAAAGAAAGACAUUUAUUAAUUUAAUAUCACACGAUGAAUGGGUACGUAAUAAUUUAAAGAGGACUUUAUAAGAAGAGACAAUUUUUUUUUGUAUUUUAAAAAUUUUUAACCUACUGUGAUUUGAUAGAACGGAAUUAUUUUUUUUAAAAUGUAUAUUAUGUAUAUUUGUGACUGUAUUUAAUUUUUUUUAAUGACUAUUUUAUUUGUAUAAUAGUAUUGUUACAUUCAUUUAAAUAUUUUUUUAUGUAUAUAUCAUUGUUCGUCGUUUUUCUGUACAUAAUAAUGUUAGAUUGAGAUUAAUAAAUUAAUUAUUAAUCCUGGAAAA